GUAUACCCCGGUAGUGCUGAAGAACUGCGCGAGCCGUAGGAGGUCCAGAUUGAAUCGCGAAUGAUGAACCUGCUGAAUUGCCGAGAUGUCGCCACGUGGCGCCAGCAUGUGAUCGCCGAGAGCCCGCUCAGUGAGCCUCGAGGAGUUCGCGGGCAACAACAACCCGCCAUCACAACAACCAUACCUGGAUCCCAGGGGAUAAUCGGCCUCGCUUUCUUUCAGCCUCGAACGACCUCCGAAGACGAAGCGAUAGCACUAGAGGAAGAGGAGGAAGAGGACGAGGAGGGAAGCGAAGGAGAAGACGAAACCCCGGAAGAGGGAAGUUACAACGAGCAUAACGAGGGAGAACAGAGCGACGACGAGGAAGAAGAAGGCGACAAGGAAAAAGAAAAUGAGGUGGAAGAAGAGGAAUAUGAUUGGGAAACCCUAGGAGAAGAGGCGGAAGGCGCGGAGGAUGCCGAGGCGGUGCGAAAGAGAGAAGAAAUCGCCGCCAGCAAGCAGCAGCUGGAAUACGCAAGCGAGGCAGAUCUGCCAAUCUCGAACGAUCCAGUAGCACCUUGCAUGCUCAGGGUGCGGGAUCACGGAGUGAUUAGAUGAUCGGGUAAUUGUUUGCCUAGAAACAAGCGAAUACGUCGCGGAGUCGCGGGGAUGCGUGUCUCUCUCUCUCUCUCUCUCUCUCUCUCUCUCUCUCUCUCUCUCUCUCUCUCUCUCUCUCUCUCUUGUUUUGAUAAACGAAACGGGAAUGC